GCUUUAUAAAUAGCGUAUACGCAUCCGUAAAAGUAUUCUUUUCAUGUCUGGAGUGACUGAACGUGUUUCUUUGAAUUGACAGAGUGGAUUAAUCACCGGAUAUGGCCAGAGGUUCAAACAUCAAUAAAGAGCUCUCGGAUGUACUGAAUGAGCUAUGGAGGUUAGAUGUGAACCGCAUGAAACCUGGAGUUGACUAUAAAAUCAACCUACAGGGGAAAGCUGGCUUUGUUGCUCCGGGCAGUAAUCAUGCCAGGGAUGGUGCUAGAGCUCCUCUCUUCUCUUAUGUCAAUGAAGACAAGCUCAAAAGCAUUGAUACUUAUGCCUACUUCUUGAAUCUGCUGGACAAUUAUGAGAUGGCUACAGGAGUGACUGAGCAGGUGACAAAAGAGGAAAUUCAGGAGAACCAUCUUUUCCUGGAUGCCAUUCUGAAAACUGAGGUCAUGAAGUGUGCACAAAAGUAUUUAGUACGCAAAGGUCGAGCCCAGUCGGACCCAGAUCAGUUUAAGAGGCAGCUCUAUGACGUCUGGUUCAAACUCUAUCACAGAGACAGAAGUGGGGGUGAAGAUUCCUGUGGAUUUGAGCAUGUGUUUGUUGGCGAAACCAAGCAUGGUACAGAGAUCAUGGGCCUCCAUAACUGGGUCCAGUUUUACCACCAGGAGAAAAACAAUCAUGUGGACUACAAGGGAUACAAGGCCAGAGAUAAUAAGGAUACGCCAGAUGGGGAUGAUCACGUGUUAAACCUGCAGUUCAGCUGUAAUGGCCUGGUGAAGCCAGUGGGCAGCUGUUUCAUUGGCGUCAGCCCAGAGUUCGAGGUGGCCCUCUUUACUAUAGUCUUCUUUCUGUCAGACGAACGUAUGACCAACGUUAAGGUGAAGGUGGAUGAGUACCUGCUAGAGAUUGUGGUGUACAGAUUUGGGCGCUCCAUCGGAACAUCAUACCCCAAAAUGAUAAGCAGCAACAACCGGGACCUCUAGAUCUCACAGCAAGGUCACAUCUUAUGUUUUAAAAAAUUGGCUGUUUGUCAAAUUGGGUUCAGUUAUCCAAACUAGCACUAAUGCUAACGGUUGCUUAUGAAGUUGAUAAUCCUAAACCCUUAAUCUUGGUUUUAAAAUAUCUUUCAAUUAUGUAUGUUUAAAACUGUCAUAUCACAAAUGAUUCAUUCCAAACUUGGGAUAAUUUGCUGAGCAUUGCGUUUUCUAUUCUAUAAUCUAGUCUGUACCUCUAUCAAAUUAUUUAUUUUAUUAGAUGGUUAUAUGCAAAAAAAAAAAAAAAACUUGACAUCUGACAUUGCAAAGAUGGUAUAUCUGUUUGCACUUAGGUUAUUUUAUGCAGUUUGGUUAGCCAUAUAAACUAGUUUAUAUAUUGUGUAAUGGUGUAAAAUGCACUAAGGUUACAAUUCAUUUCAAAUAAUAUAUAUAUAAUUUUUAUAUAUAUUUUUUUUUUUUUUUUUUAGAUGAUUUAAUGUACUAAUUGAUAAGCAUGGCCAUAGACCAAAAUAUAAAUGCUGCAAUGCUUCAGAAAUCAUGUACUUGAUUCUUAUAAUACAUAGUUAAAUAGUAGUUAUAGUUAAAUCUAAAUCAUUCUUCUGCUUAUUUCUGCUCCAAGACUUAUAGAAGACCACUACACAAGUACAAGUUACACUUCUGUUACUUGGGGUUUAAUAUUACAAAAUAUAGCCACUUUUGUAUGAUGUAUCAAAAAAAAAAAAAAAAAAAGCA